AAAUUUAGGAAACGUAUCAUUUCGAUCGUUUCUACGACAGAAUGUGAAAUGUUGAGAUGUACGGACUAAUCUUCCGUUUUAUUUUAUGCCUGCUAUAGGUGACUUCAAAAUGUCAUUGUCCAAACAAGUGGCUAUUCAAACGGUGUGUGAUUUCUGUGAAGCGGAAGUUAACGUCAAAUGGUUCUGCCGUGAUUGCGUCAAUAAUAUGUGUGUACAGUGUAAGCGCACCCACACAAAAAUCCCGCUUUGUAAAAGUCACGUGAUUUUGCCGAUCAGUGAGAGUCUGAUCGCUCCUAAAAAGCAAUCCACUGUUCACACUAAUUGCUCUGAGCAUGCGCAAGCUUGCCAAUUUCAGUGCCGCAGCUGCAACAAAGAGAUUUGUGUUUCAUGUCUCACCACGACUCACAAAUCCCACGAUUUUCUAGCGCUUAAUGAACACACUAAAAUCGUCAGAGAAAAUCUUUACCUGUUGCUAAAUUCGAAAUCGAAAGAAGCCCAUGCCAUUUCUGACACGCUAAAAACUCUGACGUCACACGAAGAAACGUAUGACGAUUGGGUAAACCAGAAACUGAGGGAAGUCGAUGAAGUUUUCGAAAGUUUAUCAACGGAACUGGAGAGGCUUCAUAAAGAGAUACACGAUACAGUGGAACAGAAGCGAAGUAACGAUAUCAUUUCAAUGGAUAAACAGCACAAAAAGGCCUACGAUUUCAAAGAUCGCCUCCAGUACCAGGUACAGGUUCUGGGACAUGAGUUAGAUCAGUGUAGUGACCACGACCUGUCAGACCUGAAAAUCAAAAUUGAAACGGAAUGCAACAACCUCCGGGAAGACCUUACCCUAGAUCUUCCAAAACUUCCGAUGCUUAGGUUAUUACGGGAAGGGGAUGAACAUAGGGGCAUUCUGAUCAAAGUCCUCACAAAGAUCAUGAAAACUGAUCUUUUCAGUCUGCAGACAGCAAGUUCCUUUGAAGUCGAUAGUGACAAUCCUGUUUUCAGAGAUGAUAUUCACGUGGACGUAUCGAUCACAAUACCCGGAUGUAAAUAUAUUUGGUCGGUGGCCGGAUAUGACGAUGGUAGGAUGUGGGUAGCUUCGGAAGACAGAAUGCUUCGUCUGGUGGACAGUUUUGGAAACAUAAUUCGAUGUCUGAAGAUGUCACAGAGCGCCGUUCACCUAGCUGUACUGACAACUGGUGAUGUCCUGUGUAGCAACGGAUACGGGAUAGACAGGUCAGCAGUCAUCCAGAAGGUGUCCUUGAACUUUAACAUCACUACCUUUUCCCGCCUUUCUCCGACUGUCGAAAUAGGGCCUCUAGCUUCUACCAAACGUGGAAAUGUUCUCGUCGGCAUUCGGAACUCUAUCGGAAGAGGCGAGGUGUUACAUCUGUCUACGAGUGGAAAAACUAUAAAUAAAGUCGCCCAGAUCACGAGAGACAUUGAGCGGAUAGUGACGGAUGAUGACGAGAGAGUCUUUAUCAAAGACACUGCCUGUAUCUGGAUAAUGAGUUUAAAGGGGGAAUUCUUAAACCAGAUAGAAUUGAAACAUGAUUUGAAGGGGAUUCGGGGAAUAGACUGUGACCGGUUUGGAAACCUUGUUUGUUUUCGCCCAGGAGACGUGAAUAAUGUAAGGGUUAUAAAUACUGAAGGGGUUUUGUUAAAACAAUUCCGCCUCAGUUUGAAGUCUGGAAAUGAGAGAGAUAUAGACAUAGGUUGUAUUGAUAUAAAUGAUUGUAUAUGGAUUAAAGAGGAGGAAUCUUUACAGGUGCUGAAAUACCUUGUUUAGCGCCCUCUGUGAAUUAAAGUUCAUUUGAUCCUCUGAUAAGGGAGGCAACUCUCGAUAGAUUUAAAGACUCAUCAUUCGCUUAUAAUAUCAUCAAGUUAAAAAGCGAUUUCUGUCAAAAUUUGCACCGCAAGGAAUGUUUAAAAUAUUGGCAUAUAUAUCGUCAUAAUUUAGAUUUCUUUGGAAAACAUCAUGAAAGCAAAAUUUUAAAUUUUAUAUUAGUAAACAGCAAUUUGCUGGAUUAGACAACUUCCGGAUUUGACAACAUUUUAACAAUUGAGUUUACUGAGACCAAAUACAAUUUCUUUGUAAUAAACAAAAUUUUUGAAUAAACUAACAUCCAGAUAAGACAAGUUAAUUAACAGUUAUUUCAAGAGAUGACAAAAACAACACCAUAUCAAAAAGUAUCAAGUUUGGUGCGAAGUCGAAACUUUGGUACCUAGCAUCAAAUGUUUAUGCUGGAUUUCCCUAUGUGGGGAUUAGGCUAGCGUAUGUGGGGAUUAGGCUAGCGUAUGGUUCAUGUAUGAACUACUAUUGCGCCCUCUGUGAGUGCAACUAAAUAACUUUGCAUUUUCUUUUGAAAACAUAAAUAAAUACGAUUGUUUUUCAAAGGAAACAAAUGAAGUAAGUAGAUAUUUUCUGAAGUAAUAUGUUUCAAUAACAAGACCUACAUUAAUUAAAUUAUUCUCCAAUUAUGAUCAUAAUAC